GUCUUUGCUUUCCCUUGGAAGCAUCAAGACUUUCCUUUGCUUAGAAUUUAGCAGCUGCUGCUUUCAUCGAAGAAACCACAAAACAGAUUUGAAAUUUCCUCCUCUCUCCUCAUGAAAUGUGCUGUUUUCCAGACUCAAGAGAGUUCUCUGGAAGCUAAUACAAGUUUGGAAUCUCACCUCAAUCAGAUGUGUUGUCAAUGGCAAUCUGAUAGCUUCUUAUUGUUAUCAUCAUCUCUCAAAUAUGACAAUAAGAAGCCAUAAAAAUGGAAACUUUGAUGACAUUCUUUUAGUUUUCAUUGAUAUUUGAGAUUUCGAGUUAAGAGUUUGAUUGUGAGAGAGAUUGCAUUUAUUUUGGACCUUACCCUUUGGGCGGAUUUAUUCUUCCCUCCUUUAUUCUUUUCUCCCAUUUUCUGAGAAUCAUUUCUUUCGUUUUGUUUACAAAAAUCUUUCUUGCUUGAAAAGCUCCAUUCGCUGAGUCAGUCUGUUGUUCUGCCAAUCGUUCACGACAACCAUUCUUUUGCUCUGUUCCGAGGAGCAGAAGACUCAAAGAGAAUCAGAAACAGAGAAAUGAGUUUCCUGACGGGACCAACGGAGGAUUCGUAUAAGCCGGUGGUGAACGGGGACACGACUGCAGCGAGUUACUGGUUCAACUGGAGGGUCCUCCUCUGUGCUCUCUGGAUCCUUGCAUCUGCUGCAUUCUCGCUCUUCUUAAUAUGGAAGCAUGAAGGCCGUCGGGGAUCAAACAGUCAUAGAACCAGAGAAGGACCGAGUAGCCAAGAAGAAGAACCAGCCGGAUUUCUGUAUGAUGACGAGAUGUGGAGCCCGUGCCUCAAAGGGGUUCAUCCGGGCUGGCUCCUCGCGUUUAGAGUCGUUGCAUUCUUCGUGCUCUUGGUAAUGUUGAUCAUUACAUCGUUCGUCGAUGGGGCAAGCAUAUUUUACUAUUACACGCAGUGGACUUUCACCUUCAUCACCAUAUAUUUUGGGCUUGGAUCGUUGCUGUCGUCGUAUGGAUGCUAUGAGUAUCACCGUAGACUAGUUGGGGAUAAGGUGGAGAACAUGGAGAUAGAUUCCGAGCACGGAACCUAUAUUGCUAACGGACCCCUCAGCUCUAACAAGAAACCGAUUCCCCGAGAAGGCCGUAAACCGGCAGACAUUUGGGGAUAUCUGUUUCAGAUCACAUUCCAGAUGAAUGCGGGCGCUGUCGUGCUCACAGACUGCGUUUUCUGGUUCAUAAUUGUCCCGUUUCUGGCGAUAAAUAACUACAAUCUCAGUGUCUUGGACAUUAAUAUGCAUACGGUUAACGUGGUAUUGCUGAUCGGUGAUACAGCGUUGAAUUGCUUGCGCUUUCCUCUGUUUCGGAUCGGGUAUUUCUUCAUGUGGACGGUCAUUUAUGUGAUCUUCCAGUGGAUCCUCCACGCCUGUGUCUCCAUUUGGUGGCCGUAUCCAUUUCUCGAUUUGUCAUCUCCAUUUGCUCCUCUAUGGUAUAUCUCAGUGGCAUUGAUGCAUUUUCCUUGCUACGGGAUCUUUGCGCUGGUUGUAAAGCUGAAGCACUUCUUACUAUCGAGGUGGUUUCCUCAGUCCUAUCAGUGCGUGAGGUAAAUCAAUUCAGCUCCAGGGCUCGUGAAGAUGACAUGACGACUUUGGUUUUGAUGUCGGAAAAUUCUCAGAGACAUCAAAUGUAGAGAGAACAUAAAACUAGAAACAAUACACAGAGAUAGACAGGUAGUAAAUUAUCAAGCACAUCGAGGUUUUGGAAGAAGGUACAGAGAUGGAUUUGUCGAAAAUGGGGCAUAGUUGUAAAAAAGCACAGCGGAUUGUUCAAUUAGAGACAUUACUCCUGCAAUUUUUAACUUCGUUGUUAUUUCGGUGUUUACUUUUUUUUGGCAAGUGUUUGUUAUAUCAACUCCGUCAAAUGCUGAAAAGUUUAGGAAAGUUAGCAUAA